AUGGCGCCAAACAACGACGACGCUCAAUACAAGAUGAGCCCUGCGCGCCUGCAGAAUAUCGUCGACGAAGCAGCAGCUCAAGAAACCAAAGAAAUCAACACUUUCAAUGUAUAUGACUUCAUUGAACCCGAACCAUCGAAAAAUAGAAGAACCCGCUCUCGGUCCAUCAAGCCCCCAACCAAGGCUUCAGUCUUCUUCACCUACACCAAAAGCAAGCCCAAGGCCAAGAAGACACGUUCCGGCGAGAUGCAAUACCAUGUCAUUGCUGAGAAGGGCACGCGGAAGGACAAGAGGAAAGCGAUGGAAGCGGUACAUAAGCUGGCGGAUGAGCACGAUAGGAGUACAGAGACGAGGAUUGAAGGGUAA